AUGGAUUGCUGUGGAUGGAUUUGUCGGCAGAAAACAGAUACUUCUCAGGCUGAGGUAAACUUCACCGAUCUGCCACAGGAACUUAAGGAGCGAAUAUUUCGCCAUCUGACAGCUACAGAUCUGUGUCGCUUGGCAUUAUGUAAUCGAAUCUUGAGAGCAUUGACCAAUCAAGAUGCCAUGUGGCGCCCUCUUUGUCGAAAGAAAGGAUGGGAGCGCUACGGUACAAUCUGCGAUCUGAGCAAAGAGCCUCCGUUUAAACCUACCUCAUCACAACAUCAAAAACCGGGUGAAGGUGGCGCUCCUACAUUCCCAGCCGAUGCAGUUGUAACCCGAUCUGACUGGCCUGGACUGGUGGAUACAUGUAAGUGGAAGGAAGUCUAUACAAAAGCGAGGCACCUAGAAGAAAAUUUGAGAAACCAGCGCUACUACGCCAUGUCACUGGAAUUAUGCCCACCCGACGUUUUACCGUGUGCCUUGUGCGAUGUACUACUGGUCAAUAUAGCUGGAGAAGGAGAUUGUCUUGUUGCCGGUCUCAACAUUGGUCUUUUGCAGAUCUGGGAUCUCUCCAGCGGGAAACGCCAACAUCUCAUCCUCGUAAAUGUCAGUUCAUCUCCAGAUGCUCUGAAGAUGAAGAAUGACAUCAUAGCUGCUGGAUGCAGGGACGGUAAGAUUCGUACUUACUCCGCCCAAACCGGAGAGCAGCUGCAAGUCAUGUCGGGGCAUCGUCUGGCCGUGUCUCAUCUCUUCUUCGAUGGAGACACAAUUGUUAGUGUAGCCCGACCUCAGGUUAAGCGUUUAGAAUAUGCAGACAGUGACAUACGGGUCUGGAGUGCUGCAAACGGUGCCUCUCGCUGUAUCCUACAGAGUGGUCACGAAGCGACAAGACUGCUUCACCUGGACUACAAGGACAAGAUCGUAGCUGGUGCAUACAGCGAUAACACAAUUCGUAUAUGGGAUGUACGCAAUGGCUCUCUCAUCAUGCAACAUGUCGUUUGCGACACGAUCAACCUGACUUCCUGCCAUUUAUGGGAUGGUAUCGUCGUUGGCGCAUCCAAAGAUCAUACCGUGAAGAUAUCGGAGCUGAACUCAGGGGAAUGCACCAAGACAUUUAAUGUAGAUGUGCUUCCUAAUCCAGAUACAGAGGUACGCUACAUGCUAAGUGAUGGUUUGCUAGUUGUAGUUAAAUUAGAUGUACAUCAUGGGUUUAACAUUGUGAAUCUGAAUGGGGAGCGACUCUUAACAGAUGCUGGUCGCCAUGUGAAUCCUCUCUGGUUCAGGGGCAAUACGCUACUUACGCAUGGUAUUGUUACCCACGAUGAUGCACAGGGGUACGAGCUGUGGAUUAUCGACCCCGAGGAUCGCAUGGAUGGUAAUGCAUCAGGCAGUUCCAUGACUAAAGCACCACAAUACCUUGGAGGAACGAGCGUGGUGUGUGCUUGGAUGAGCGAUACCAAAGUGGCUUUUCAGCGUAAACAAUCUCAAUUUUACACCCCUACCGAUGAUGUUUGCGUCCAUCACUACUGGUGAAAGAAUCACCAGUAAUUGUUGUAUUUAAGAAGCUGUUUUUUGAUAAUGACUUUCGUGAUGUUUGAGAUGAACCCCUUGAUAGUGUUGGUG